AUGGAAUCGAUCGAGGAGGCGAAGCCGAUGAUGGACACAACUGUCGAACCAAUUACUACGUCAACGUCUAUCCUGGACGUUACACCGCCACCUGAUCGCCCACUAUUUGAUGAAUACUAUGAGGACUGGGCGUCAUUUGAUGCCGCGAUUGCGCGCGCAACAGCAGCAUACCAUCCAAUUCGCAAGCGCUCAUCGUUGACUUUUGAGGUGUACAACCGCACCGUGUCGAAGGGCAAGCACGACCGCAAAAACAUUGCUGAAUUUCUGUCAAAAACUUUUAAAUGUACACACGGUAUAAAAUUUCGCUCGCGUGGAAGUGGCAAGCGACUUCGACAUAAAUUGCGCGACAUUGGGUGCCCAUUUCACGUUUACGCUUCGGCAGUAGAGUAUGGCCCUCACUCUUACCGCGUUAAAGUUCGUAUGCAUGAUAAGCACAAUCAUCCUAUUGGACCAGAGUCAAUGAAACUGAUGAACGGUGCGCUGCACGAGUCAGACUAUGAGCUGACAACGCACGGUGGUAAUGGAACUGCGUCAAUAGGGCAAAACAACGACUCAAACACAACAGAUACUCAUUUGCAUCAUAUGGAGCACGUAUUGUCGUCAGAAAAUGUACUUGAAGCUGCUUAUGAACAACACAUUAGGGAGAGACUGGCAAAUACAGAUGCUCAGGAUCAAGCGCAGCCUCAGACAAAUACUGAAUCACAGGCAUACCAGUACGCUCAAACGCAAGCCAUAUUCAAAGUUCAGGCGGAAGUGCAGGCAAUGUCGGACGCUCAAGCUCAGGCACGAGCGCAGGCAAUACUGCAGUCCCAGCAAAACCAUUCGCAAACACAGCUUGAGUCAGUUGAUACAACUGAUAUUCUCAGUGCCAGCAGUCAUGGUAGCGAAUUGCUAGAUGGUGAGAUUGACAGUACAAUGAGUGAUGAUGUUUUCACUUGUUCGUCGACUGCACAGACGACAACAAAUGUUGCAAUUCCAGUUGAUAAAUGUAACGAUAGUCAAUAUCCGGCAAAGUUUGAGGAAACAAUGACUUUUGAAUCGCUUCGCAAGCGCAUUGCAGACUUUGCUGAUGAACGCGAUUGGAAUGAGUUCCACACACCUCGCAACUUGUUGUUGGCUCUUAACGGCGAAGUCGGCGAGCUAUGCGAGAUAUUCCAGUGGAAAGGUGAAGUAAAAAAUACGGCGGAUUGGUCUGCACGUGAAAAGGAGCACCUUGGUGAAGAGAUAAGCGAUGUGUUGAUUUAUCUUGUGCGUCUCGCCGACAAGUGCGAUGUAAAUUUGCCUGCAGCUAUUGAUGAUAAAAUCAGAAAGAACGCAAGAAAGUACCCUACCGAUUUGGUGCGAGGUUCAUCCAAAAAGUAUAGUGAGUACAAACGGCUGCGCACAUCGGAAGAAACAACAUUGUUGUAA